CCUCUCCUCGUCUUCCUCCUACUCUUGACGAACAAAUGCCACCGACUGCGCGUGUACUCCGCGACAUCAAGGCGCGCCACGGUGUGAGCGCGAACGAGAUCCUGCGCCGCGCGUACCUCUACGUCGCGCGCAACCAGACGCUCCCCGCGCAGGUGCGCUUCCAGGCGCAGCUCCAGCUCAACACGUUCGGGCGGUACACGCGGCCGACGACGGUUAAGAACCGGUGCACGGAGUCGGGCAGGGGGCGUGGGGUUAUUGGCGAGUUUGGGCUCACUAGGUAUCAAUUCCGGUUGAAGGCCCUGGCGAACGAGCUGCCUGGGGUGCACAAGGCAUCGUGGUAGACGGCUUGCGAUCCCCUUCUGGGUAUAUAUGCACUCU